GCCACCGACAUCGUCAUGUCUGGCACAGGCGAGUUCGAGUUGCCGCCGCGCAAGAAGCCAAAAACAUCCGAACUGCCCCUUUCUGGCGCACAGCACUCCGCCAUUGAUGGCAUGCUCCACACCUUCAAGAAGAAGGGCGAAUUCGAUGCAUUACGAAAAAAGGCCUUCCAACAGUACAACGAAAGUGCCAAUCGCGGCAUGUUUGAGAAUGCCCUGCGAACCUUCACCACCACCGAAAUCGAACGCGAUUCUCUCAAGUACCUCAGACCGGAUCGGCGCAUCGCGGCACCACUGCUCGAGGGAGCCGCUUCGCGUGCUGAAGUCUACGCAAAGACCGAGCAGGAUAUCAACGCCUACAUUGACCAGUUCAUGGCGACUGCUGAGCGUGCGCUACGGGACAUUCGGCGCACAGAAAUUGGAGAUGAAGCUGCCGAGGAGGAGGCUCGCAAGGGCAGCAAGAGCGACGAGGCAUAUGCAGAAGAAGCGGAGCAAAGGAAGCGUGAUCGCGCUGCGAAGCACAAGGAAGAGGAGAAGGCGCGGCGAAAGAAGGAGGCCCGGGAAAAGAAGGCCAAGGAACUUGAGAUGCUGAAAAAGAAGCAGGAAGCGCUGCAGAAGGAGACGGAGCGCCUGCAGAGAGAUCAGAAACGCCGUGCCGAACGGGAAGCUUGGAAGGCGGCCGAGAAGGAGCGUGAGAAGGAACGAAUUAGGCUAUUCAACGAGGAGCGCGAGAAAGCAAAGAAAGAAGCCGAGGAGCGCGAACGAACAAUAAAAGAAGAGCGCGAUCGUCGACAAAAAGAACGCGCCGAACGCGAACAGAAGCGGUUGGAAGCUGAAGCGUUAGAAGCACUUCUCAAGGAGGGCGAGAGGAUGGCCGAGAGGGCGAAACGUCCGGAGCUGGAAAGGAGCGAAAGCAUGGAACCUCCGUCACGCCUCAGGCAGUUCUCUGGUGCAAAGAACGAUAGAUCAAAGGAUGAUAACCGCUCACAACCUUUACUGCCUACUUCUCUGACUUUGAAAAAGGUUGACAAGUCGGAAUCGUCCAAGGCUCCUCCCUCGGCGCCAACGGGACCUAGACGCGAUCGCGAGCCACCAGUCAGGGAGAGGGAACGCGAGAGGGACCGGGAGAGGGACCGGGAGAGGGAUCGGGAGGGAGACAGGGACAAGGGGAGAGAUAGGGAUCGGGAGAAGGAAAGAGAGAGGAUGGCGUCUCGAGCACGUCCUGCUCGCGCCAGAUCGCCGUCGCCCGCCCGCUCGGCACGACGACGCGAGCCCACGCCUGAUGACCGCCACUCACGCCUUGAUCCUCGGGACCGGCGGCAAUCUCUCUACCGCGACAUUAGUGCUGAGCGGGAAGCAUGGAAGGCUCGUCAACGUCCCAGAGAUGAUCGCGACAGAGACCGCGAAAGAGGGCGCGACAAGGACAGGGAACGAGUACGGCCGAGGAAGCGCGAGGACGAGCGCGAUGAAGGGGAAGUCGUAGAGCGAUCCGCGCGAAGCAGAACUCCUCGUAGAGUUCUGAACAUAUACCGACCAGGUCGCAGAGACAGUCGAAGUCCGCCGCGUCGAAGGGAGAGGUCACGCACGCGGUCUCCUGUGAGACGCCGCGACCGCUCGAGAGAUAGAUCGAGAGACCGCCGACGCGACGAUCGCAGUCGUAGUCCGAUUGGCAUUGACCGCUAUAUUCCAGGCGGUCCAGCGGCGCGCAGAGCUCGUGAAGAGGAAGACAAGAAGACCGAGAAGCCACGCUCUCGCUCGGCCCCACGGCGUAAAGAGCGCUCGAGGUCGCGGUCACUGCCACGGCGACGUGCUCGAGAAGACGACGGCAAAGCAAGUCCCAGAGAUCGGGAGCGAGAGAUCGAAGCUGAUAAAGACCGAUUGGCAUCCAUCAUACGCGAUGAGCGCGAUAUGCCUCGUCGUCGGACACGAUAUGAUGACCGAGAACGCGAACGCGAUCGAGAUCGAGGAGGUGACAUUGAUCGCUACAUUCCAGGCGGCAAGCGUGUACGGCCUGGAGAAGAGUCUCCGCGAAGACAAACCGAAACAAGUCGAAGCAGAGAUGGCGAGCAGAGUCGCGAUCGAAUCCGAGAAAAAAGUCGUGAGCGUGAGAGAGAUCGUGGUGCCCGUCCGGGUAGCAGAGAACGUGCGGGUAGCAAGGAGCGUAGGCCCAGCAAGGCUGGCUCAACAAGUGAAGCACCAGCGGACAAGGAAACGGCACCGAGCUAGAUCAUUUGGCACGAUCUCACGAAGACGUCUUGUCGAGCAAGUCUCAACGUUAGUAGGUAUUUCAGUGCCAGAAGAAUACACGACGCGCAUACAUGGG